UUUAUUAUUUGCAAAGACUACAGUGUGUAUAACUGUAUAGGAUUAUUUGGUGCCAUCAGCUCCAGUUUCCAGCUGUUGAGGUGGUUCUCUGCUAGUGUGGGUGUGGUCCACUCUGUUCACCAUUUAAGUAAACAAACAAACACUUCUACGCAAAAAAGUAGGUAAUAAGUAUGGCAGCUUCAAAUGAAAUUGUGAGCAUAGAUUCAUUAGUAUCACAUUCCUUAUCAGGUUCCGAGUUAGAAGAAUUCAACAGAAUUUAUUAUGGUCGAAAAGAUAACCAUUCACUGGAAAUUAAAACAGCCAACAUUGAAUAUGCCGAUAGCAACAACUUUGAAGUUGCUGCAUACGACUUUCCAGCUCAAAAGGAAGAAACCAGAAGUCCGCGUGUUGUUAGAGUAGGAAUUAUCCAAAACUCGAUUGCCACUGCUACUAAUAAACCCAUUAUAGAGCAGAGACAAGGAAUUUUUGAUAAAAUUCGUAAAAUAAUCAAUGUUGCCGCAGAAGAAGGUGUUAACGUUCUGUGCUUACAAGAAGCAUGGAGUAUGCCAUUUUGUUUUUGUACAAGGGAAAAGCAACCAUGGUGUGAAUUUGCUGAAUCUGCCACAGAUGGUGCAAGUGUACAAUUCCUCAAAGAGCUUGCUGCAAAAUAUGGUAUGGUAAUAAUUUCACCAAUUCUAGAGCGAGAUGAGGCUCAUGGUGAUACAAUUUGGAACACAGCUGUGGUCAUCAACGAUUGUGGUAUUGUUAUAGGGAAACAUAGGAAAAAUCACAUACCAAGAGUAGGUGACUUCAAUGAAUCAACAUAUUAUUUUGAAGGCAACACUGGUCAUCCAGUGUUUGAAACAAAGUUUGGUAAAAUAGCUGUAAAUAUUUGCUAUGGAAGACAUCAUCCAUUAAACUGGUUAAUGUUUGGCAUUAAUGGAGCUGAAAUUGUAUUUAACCCAUCAGCCACAGUUUCUGGACUCAGUGAGCAUUUGUGGGGCAUAGAAGCUCGUAAUGCUGCAAUAGCAAACAGCUACUUUACUUGCGCAAUCAACAGAGUGGGAACUGAGCAAUUCCCUAAUGAGUUCACAUCUGGUGAUGGUAAACCAGCUCAUAAAGAAUUUGGUCAUUUUUAUGGGUCCAGCUAUGUAACAGCACCUGAUGGCAGUAGAACUCCAGGAUUGUCGAGGGUCAAAGAUGGCUUGUUGAUUGCACAGUUAGACUUGAAUUUGUGUAGACAAAUUAAAGAUAAAUGGGGUUUCACAAUGACCCAAAGAUUAGAUUUGUAUGCUAACAGCCUGCACAAGGCUGUGCAACCUGAUUAUGAGCCACAGAUAAUACGUAAAAACUAAAUAAUUGUGAUUUUUUUAACUUAUAAGUGUUAUAUAAUAAUAAUAAUACAUAUAUUUUUAUAUUGUUGUCUUGAUUUUAUUUUUCAAUGUUCAAAUAAAAUAUCUUUUAAGUUUUACUGUC